AUGGCGUCGUCGGGAGGACACCUCUUGGUCUCCAAGGCCAUGAGGCUGGUCAAAUUCGCUGCCGAGAAGACGGGGAGGUUUAUUCGUGACAAGAUCCCGCAGGCAACCAAGCCACUCGAGGCCGACGUCCAGCCUGCCUACGCCCGUGUCUCUCAACGUCAACAACCCGUCAACCGCCUCGCACAGAUCCGGCAGACCCAGAGCCGCUGGUAUAGCACAAAAUUGCACGGUUUCAACAACACCAGACACUACUCUUCGCAGUCUGGUCCGAAUGCCCGCCCGACUCGUGCAUCCCAUCCUUCCUCACGCACUGCUGCGGCGGUAGGGCGACUGACUGGCCGUGCCCCUUUCGCAUCGACCCUUCGACCAAACCUUACUGGAGGCACUCUAUGCCGUCACGCAGGUGGCUAUGGACUAGGAGGUGGUCGAGUCGGUGGAGCCAGAUACUUCUCUCACUCUCCUGCGGCGCAAGCACAGGUGGUGACCAAUGUCUCGCAGGCUGUACGAGCAUUCUGGCUCUCAGGACAAAAAGCCCGUUUCGACGGAGCCAAUCCCCGCACUGGCGAGAAGCGCUUCCGAGCUGUGUCUAGCCUUCAGGAAGAUGCCAGGCAUACCAUGGGCAUGUCAUCAAAGACUGCACCCGGGUCUUUUAUCGACUUCAAGGUUUCUCCUACUAUUACCGCCAUUGGGCCCUUGGCCAGUGUCCCUCGCUCGCCUUCUACCACGUCCUGUGACUACGAGGCCCAACAGGACACCUUGAACAACGCCACGCUCAUGUCCAACCUCUCGAUUGAUUUUGCCCGCGCGUUGAAAGACCUUGCAGCCGUCAUGAACGAUCUCAAGCACUUGGCAACAUUGGGCGAUCUCCCCAUCGUCCUGCAUGAUAGCACGACCCUCCGCGUCCGCUUCCCUGGCUGCGACGCAGAUACUGUGGAGGCUCUGUGUCGGGAACUCAACAUCAAGCGCGGCAUGGUGGGCCAGGACGAGGACUUUGACGCAAGGAACGGGACGGAAAUGGCACUGUUGUUUCCAUUUGCACCCAGCAAGACGGCCAGUGAAGCAGGCUUCAAGGACUCCAUCUGUGGUUACGGCGAUCGGCCGGUCAAACGCAUCAAGAAAGACCACGUCGAGUGGCAGGAGAUGCUCACCCCACCCCAACGUGUCUCUGAGGGCUUCUCGCACAUUUCGGUCACGAGCAAGUCUCCCGACGCGUUUGAAAUAAUCGACGACGCCUUGGCCGAAAACCCCUGGAUGUCCAGCCCCCGGGACUAUUCCAGCCUGCACGAGAGCGAACUGCUAGAUGACGACGAAGAUGUCGCCGCCAUGUACUUUUUCCAGCCACGGAACAACAUCUCCGCAAGAGAAGGCUAUCCCGACCACUCACUCGACAAUGGCUACGAGGGUCUGGAAGGCAUUUACCGGUUCAUCGAGGAGUGCGACCGUGCCCGGUCUUGA